AUGGAUGAGGAAAUCUGGGAUUUUGACUGUGCCGGUACGGUCAUCACAUUCGAUGACAAGGAAGUCAAAGUCCAGGAGCAGUUAACAGAAGUCCUUGAUGAUAGAAUGGGCCAGCAACAUGUUCUUGCCCUCGCAGAGAACACCAAGACAGCGGAGUCCCAUAUGGAGGAAAAGAAGAUCGCUAUAGACCUUUUCUCCUGUGAGGUGCAUGCUGCAGAGCGUUUUGGUAAUGCUGGUUAUGGACCGAAGUAUGUGGCCCACUGGGGACAGGUUCAAGGUACCGGAUGGCCACUUGAUGGAGGGACUGUCUUCUUUCUCUUCAUGAGUACUGUUCCCGGGGAGGAUGUCGAUGAGAUUCGCGAUGAACUAUCAGACAGGAAGCUACACAGCAUCAGACGUCAGCUAGCUCGUAUAUUAGAGUUCAUGAGAAAGGAUGGAUACAAGCUAUACGAGCAGCAGUUCGUGGUUUUCUUGAUAAUUGAAUAA